CUUAAUUAACCCUAAAAAGUACAAGUAAUGACGGCGCGUUGCUUCUGGAAUUCUCCAUUGUCUCUCUAUUUAUCCCACACAACCAGUAAAACCCUUCUAGUCUUUCACGAUUGGAAGUUGGAACAUCGAAAACCCUAGAGGUACUCUGCUCACGGAUACGAUGGCAAUUCUCUCUGACUAUGAAGAUACCGAAAACAAUACGCCUGCUCCAUCGGCAGCUGUGACGAAGGCGUUUAAGGCCGUUCUUGAUCCCGCUAACCCGCUUGGGUUUCUUGAGGCGGCGUUUGAGUUCGUCGCCCGAGAGUCUGAUUUGUUCAAGAGCGACUCUUUGAUCAACGAUGUGAAUGCUGUGGUUCGAAUGGUCAAGGAAAAGGUUCAAACUGAUGAGCGAAGUCAGAUGGAUAUAGACAAAGGGGCGAAUGGGAAUGUUGAGGAUAAGAUGAAGGAGGCGCCGAUCCCUUUAGCAGCUGCAUCACCCAAGGAGGUGAAAGUAGAGGAGGAGAAGACUACCGAAAUUAAGGAGGAAAACAGGAACGGACCUCGAGCUCCUAACAGAGGGAAUGGACUCGACAUGGAUAACUACAGUUGGACUCAAACCCUGCAGGAGGUCAAUGUCACUAUACCUGUAAACCCUGGAACCAAGUCAAGGUUCAUCAUAUGUGAGAUAAAAAAGAAUCAUCUUAAAGUUGGGGUUAAGGGUCAGCCACCAGUGAUAGAUGCUGAACUCUACAAGCCUGUUAAGGUUGAUGAUAGCUUUUGGAGUUUGGAGGAUCAAAAGGCUGUCUCAGUACUGUUAACCAAGAAAGAUAACAUGGAGUGGUGGAAGUGUUUGGCAAAAGGUGAGCCUGAAAUUGAUACACAGAAAGUUGAACCAGAAAAUAGCAAACUAUCAGAUUUAGAUCCUGAAACGCGGUCAACUGUGGAAAAAAUGAUGUAUGAUCAGAGACAAAAAUCUAUGGGUCUUCCAACAAGUGAUGAGAUGCAGAAGCAAGAUAUCUUGAAGAAAUUCAUGUCUGAGCACCCAGAAAUGGACUUCUCCAAGGCCAAGUUUAGCUGAUUGCAAGAAUAUGUCGGUUUUGUGGCUAUCCUGUUAGUUGGUUGCUGUGGGUGUCUUGGGCUGAGUAAUGCAUAUAUGAUUAUCUACUUGUUUUUGUUUACCAGUAUAAUUGACUAUGUACAUUUUAUGAUUAUGAUGAGCUAGCUAGUAUGUUAAUGAUAAUAUUUUGCUUGACUCGGCAUAUUGCUACUCAUUGUUUGCUUGAUUACUCUUAUGUUUGCGUCAACACUCAACAACAUUGGGCUAUACGUCAUUGUAGUUUUUUACCAACAUUCCUUUGUGUGGGGUAGUGUAGAGUUCAGAAAAAAACGUUUGCUGCUUAGCGUAGGAGUGUAAUAAACUAGGAGAAAAUUGACAAAUAAG